UCAUCCACUCAAAUCAACAAAAUGGCUGUCGGAGUGGGCUGCUCUGCGCAUGCUCAGCGCACCUCUGUCGGAGGGCAGGGCAGGUAUCCGCGCGCUCCGCAGUCUCCGGCUCAGACUCCGGCAUGAGGCGGCAGGAGGAGUGAGGAAGCACCGACUGCUCAGAGCCCCGCUGCCCGCCUCUGCGCGCUCGAACCCGGCCGCUGCUGCUCGGAGGACCCGCCGCACUCUGCCCGGACACUUUGCGGGACUUUGCGGGAUUUUUCUCGUUUUACGGAGCGCGGGAGAGACACCGCCCCGCACACAGGUGAGAGGAAAGUUCAGCCGCCUCCAGGUGCAGCAGUCAGGGAGUGCGCGCGGCUUUUACGCACGGGAGGACUGUUGUGGAGAGUUAUGGGUCUCCGGGGGAAGCUGCGCAUCUGAGGACAGGACCGAACCGGACCGACUGGACCCGAUCUGCUCACAUCUUCACCCUCUCCCUCACCACAAUGUUCCAGCACAGCAAUAACAAGAAGUGCUUCACCAUCGAGGCUCUGGUCGGGAAGGAGGCGAUCAGCCACGGAGGAGGAGGCGGCUCCGGGGAUGAGCCCAUCCGGCCCACGGCGCUCAGGUUCCCGGAGUCCCUGCAUCCCGCCGCCGCUGCUGCUGCAGGGGUGUUCGGCUCCUGCUUCCAGGGCAGCAGCGGGAGGACUUUGUACUCGGCCGGGCCGGAUUUGGUGCUCCAGGAGCCCGGGCCGCACACGCAGAGCCCCGGCGGGCUGCCGCUGCACCCGCUGCAGAUCCCCCCGCAGAGCUUCUUCAGCCCGCAGCACCGGGACGCGCUCAGCUUCUACCCGUGGGUGCUGCGGAGCCGGUACCUGGGACACCGCUUCCAAGCAGAGGACAGCAGUCCGGAGAACCUCCUCCUUCACGGUCCGUUCUCCAGGAAACCCAAACGGAUCCGGACGGCGUUCUCCCCGUCUCAGCUGCUCCGACUGGAGCGAGCCUUCGAGAAGAACCACUACGUGGUCGGAGCCGAGAGGAAACAGCUCGCCAGCGGACUGUGUCUGACCGAGACGCAGGUGAAGGUGUGGUUUCAGAACCGCAGGACGAAGCACAAGCGUCAGAAGUUGGAGGAGGAGUCACCUGAAGCUCAGCAGAAGAGGAAGGGAAGUCAACACGUGAACCGCUGGAGAGCGGCGACUCAGCAGCCGGGCGGCGGCGACGACGUGGACGUCAUCAGCGACGACUAGACUGCAACACACAUUUAACACACACACACACACACACACACACACACACACACACACACACACACACGCACACACGCACACUCUCUCUGACAGUGGAGUCCAAACACCUGUCCAGGUGCGUUCAGGUGCUUUUCUCACACGUUUAAAGCAACAGGCUAACUGAGCUAAACGACCCCUGAUGUGCCGCAGACCUCUGCUGUGAGAAAUGAAUAAUUAACUAAUUAAUUGCUACAAAAUAAGAGGCCGAGAUUUCAAAAUAAAAGUCAAAGGUUGUCAGGCUAUACAUUUCAAAAUAAAAGAAAUUACUUUUAUUUUGGCAUUUGACUACUCAAAACGAGUAAUUAUACAGGAUAUGACAUCAGAGGCGUUUCCUGUUUGCAGGCGCCUCAAAUCUUUAUUUAGUUUGACGACGGCUCAAAUUUAUUUGAAUUAAAGAAGAAGUGAUCACACACACACACACACACACACACACACCUUCCUGAGGACUGAUGGUGUCCCUGAAGGAGGAGGAGCUUCAACAAACUGUCAUUUCCUGUUGGACCGACGCGUGGACGCGAUGAUGCGUUCACUGACUGAACACUCGCUCGGUGGAUUUUGGUGCCAAACUUUAAACCAGCGCCCUGAAAAAGACGAUUAACUAACGAGGAGCCGCUCGGACAUCGUCAGCUUCCUCCAGCAGGAGAGAGGGAACGUUUGUUUAACGUUCACCGCCAACGUUUGUUUAACGUUCACCGCCAACGUUUGUUUAACGUUGCUCAUCUGUCUGUGACGUUCUCCGUCUGUAACGAGCUCAGAAUCAUUAAAUGAAAUCAGACUAAUUGUCCUUCAGGUGAGGCUGCGUGUUCAUGGUUCAGGUGCAAAACGUCUAUGACGUCAUGACCCAAAGCCUCAUGGGAAAUGUAGUUUUCAGGUUUUGGUUCAGCUACAGAACAACAAUGUCCCAGACUGAUGACGGCUUUAAGGUGGACUUUAAACUUUAAGGUGGAAAUCUUCACUUCCUGUCGGAGGAAACUGUAAAAAAAACAAGAAAAAAAAAAACAGCUGAGACGAUUUUCCAGAUUUGUCUUCACGUGUUCGUAACGAAGGAACAUGUCACGCUUAAAGAUCUGCAGGAAUGUUCCACCUGUCUCUGACGGGGGUUGGCGUGCGGCGCCUUGCUCAGCGGCACUCCGGCUGGUCUGUUUGGACGUUUGUAGUUUUUUGUUUUUUUUGUCUUUUUGGAAGCAAAAGAAAAAAGUUGUAGGUAUUUAUGUAAAAAAAGUAUUCUAUGCAUCCGACGUGUAAAUAUGGAAAUAACGACGAUAACGAGUGACUGUUUGUUUUUCAUCCGUUCAUCUGUUUGUUUCUUCUUCCUGACAGAUUUACCUCAUCACCUCCUUAUGUAGCACUUCCUCCUCUUCUUCUCUUCUUCUUCUUCCUCCUCUUCUUCUUCUUCCUCUUCUUCCUC